CUUUAUAUAUCCGUACAUGAAACCCUCCAAGUGAUUGCCCUCCAGUACUGGACCGACUCCCUCACUCGCAAGCUCGGCAAUUGCAUAGCGGUGGGUUUCGUCCGAUCCGAUCUUGCCGUCGUCGAGAGAUGAGAACCGCGAAGGGCUCCGCCCCGAGCCGGCGGCCCGCCGUCGUGGUCCUCCUCCUUGGCGCCUCCCUCGUCUUCUCCGCCCUCGUCGUCACGAUUCAGUCCUCUUUCUUCACCGGAAGCCGGAGAUCGCUUGUCGGCAGAGAGGAGAUCCGGGUCCUGUCGGAUUUGCAGACCCGCCUCCAGCAGUGCGUGGCAAGCAGAGGACUUGGCCUUACUGCAGAUAUUAUCGAUCACUGUAAAUUGGUGCUUAAAUUUCCUGAAGGCACAAACAGUACCUGGUAUAAUGCACAGUUUAAAAUUUUUGAGCCAUUGGAAUACAAAUAUGAUGUUUGUGAAGCUAUUCUUCUGUGGGAACAGUAUCGUAAUAUGACUACAAUCUUGACAAGGGAAUACUUAGAUGUACGGCCUGAUGGAUGGUUAGAGUAUGCUGCAAAAAGAAUUGCUCAGUUGGGUGCAGAUAAAUGCUAUAAUCGUUCUCUUUGUGAGGAACAUCUUAACUUAAUAUUACCUGCAAAGCCCCCCUUCCACCCCCGCCAGUUUAAGACAUGUGCGGUUGUCGGGAACUCUGGGGAUCUCUUGAAGACAGAAUUUGGAGAGGAGAUUGAUGAACAUGAUGCAGUGUUUCGAGAUAAUGAGGCUCCUGUUAAUGAGAAAUAUGCUAAACAUGUCGGACUAAAAAGGGAUUUUCGCCUAGUUGUAAGAGGUGCUGCUCGUAACAUGGCUGCUAUUCUCAAUGGAUCCUCUGAUGAGGUGCUUAUAAUCAAGAGUGUAAUACACAGAGAUUUCAAUGCAGCGAUAAAGGAACUUCCGAAUCCUGUUUACCUUUUCCAAGGUAUAGUUCUAAGAAGGGGUGCUAAGGGAACCGGAAUGAAGUCUAUAGAAUUAGCACUCUCCAUGUGUGACACAGUUGACAUAUAUGGAUUUACAGUAGAUCCUGGUUAUACAGAAUGGACACGGUACUUCUCAACCCCCCGAAAAGGGCACAAUCCAUUGCAAGGAAGAGCUUAUUAUCAACUUCUGGAGUGCCUCGGUGUCAUCAGGAUUCAUUCUCCUAUGAGAGCUGAGAGGAAGCAGGAUUGGUCAGAUGUACCAAGUAAAGAAAUCAUAAGAAGCGCUCAUACUGUCGCGUUGCGUUUAAAAAGAGAGCAAACUGGUCAAGAAGGUGACUUAGGACCCUUUGGUAAUUGCAAGGUAUGGGGUACGAUGGACGGAGAUGGACCAGUGUCUGGAUCGCUCGACAUGAGCGAUACCCGUAAGAAUUCUAAUUACAAUAAGUGGGAGCUUGUGCUGCUCGAGAGAUUGAGGAAGGAAGCACAAGAACAUUAUGCUCAGAUGGGUGGUGUUUCUCUUUACAAAAUGGAUGGGAACAAACUGGAUGAUCUUGUCUGUGUGAAGCACACGCUUUGAUCAGAAAUCUAA